UGUCAUCAUCAUCUAAGUAAAUAUAUGUUGUUUGCAGGCUUAGUGCACUUAAAAGUGGGGAAGAAAAUGGGGAGAUCAGGAAGUUUGGUGAUUUACCCACUACUGGUUCUUGCAUUAAGCAUGUGUAUGAUAGCUAAUGUGGACGCGGCAUCUUCGGUACAAACGCCGGUGAAGCUGCGGUGGCAAUACUACAAGAAGUACACCAAAUGCCCGGAAGCCGAAGUUUACAUAAGGCACCAAGUAGAGUUGUUCUGGAAGAAUGACAAAACCAUUACUUCUAAGCUCCUCCGGUUGCUCUACUCCGACUGUUUUGUUACUGGUUGUGAUGCAUCAAUUCUUCUGGACGGACCAGAUUCAGAAAAGACUGCAAAGCAAAAUUGGGGACUCGGUGGGUUCGCAGUCAUUGACAAGAUUAAAACAGUUAUGGAAAAACGCUGCCCUGGAAUUGUCUCCUGCGCUGACAUUCUUAAUCUUGCCACCAGGGAUGCUGUUCAUUUGGCAGGUGCACCAUCUUAUCCUGUAUUGACAGGAAGAAGGGACGGAAUGACAUCAAAAGCUGCAUCAGUAGACCUCCCAUCACCAUCCAUCUCGUUGAAUGAUGCAUUGGAAUACUUCAGUUCUAAAGGCUUAGAUAUGCUGGAUUUUGUAACCCUCCUAGGGGCACAUUCAAUGGGUAAAACCCGCUGUCGCUAUGUCGAGGACCGUCUCUACAAUUUCAACAAUACAGGAAAGCCAGACCCAUACAUGGACCAAGCAUUUGCAGCUCAGAUGAGAAAGCUAUGUCCACCCAGAACCAAAAAGGGCCAAAGUGAUCCUCAGGUGUUUCUAAACCCUGAUUCCGGUUCUAACUACAAAUUCACAGAAUCCUUCUACAAGAGGGUUUUGUCAUACAAAAGUGUCCUUGGAGUUGAUCAGCAACUGCUAUACAAUAAUGACACACUACAGAUUGCACAAGAAUUUGCUGCUAAUUUUGAGGAUUUGCGAAGGUCAUUUGCACUAUCAAUGAACCGAAUGGGAAACAUCAAUGUUCUAACGGGAAAUGCAGGAGAGAUACGCCAGAAUUGCCAUUUCACAAAUAAGAAAUAAUAGAACAAAACCAAAGAUAUUAUAUUGAACAGUAGAUUUGUCAUCAUAAAAACACAGGGCAAUAUGGUCAUUUGGAUGAUAUUAAUUUGCUAUGCAUAGGGACACAAGAAUAAAAGCAUCAAGAAUAUGUUUUCCCAUUCCUAAAUAAAAUUAUAUAACUACUUAAGUUAUAAAUUUGGUCUCUGAAAUUUAGAGCCUGUAGAAUCAUUUGAUCA